GUGUCCCCAUCCCAUUAAAUUAUUUCUGUUCAAAAAUAUAGUAGUCCCCGCGAAAAAGUCGUUCUAAAAUGGGUAGUGGAUGUAUAGGAAAUUCGUGCUAACUAACGGUAGUGGGAGGACGACUUUUUCGCCGGGACUACUAUAUAUACUUAUAAUACUGAAAAAAAUAUAUUUAAAAACAACCCUGACGUGUACUUUAAAUGUAGCUGGAAAUGUUAAGUAAAUAUCUAAACUAUGUACACUGAGAAAAAAAAAUACUAUUGUCCAAACAAGAAUUUCUCGUGAAAAACGGAUUCUGGAAUCUCAGAAAAUUAAAGAAAAAAUAAAGUAAAAUUCAUUUGAAAAAAUAGAUUGUUUGAUGGAUGAAAAAAAAUCCAUUGGUUUGCUCAAAAGUAUUAAAAAGAAUUUAUCCUUAAGAAAUUUGUACAAGUUUAAAAAAAAGAGAAUAGUUAAAGAUCCUCAUGAAUUGGAUGUCGGAACAAGCAGUAUUGACUUGAACGAAAUAAGUUCUUUAAAUCACGAAAGAUUCGUUGGAGUCAAAGACGAUUGUCUCGGUCUCGCUGAUUCUGUAGAUUUAAAUUGUUCUGAACACAAUCAGCGAUCUGAGCAUGAUAUUGAUUAUGAAAAUCAACGUUAUAUUGCUCAUUGCAAUAUAGAAAUUAUGUGUAAUUCAAAAGAAUCAUCAAAUGUAAAUACUAAUGACAUAAACGUUGAUAUAAAUAAAAAUAAGAAUUAUAUCGAGAGAGAUAAUUUAAACAAUGAUUUCGACGUUAAAUGCAUUAAUAUUGAUGGAGAAUCGAGUCAAUCAACUUUGUCACAAGAAUUGCUGAAGUUAAGCAAGUAUGGAUGGUAUUGGGGGCCUAUGUCAGGUGAGCAGGCGGAUGCUCAAUUACUUUCUGAACCAGAUGGUGCCUUUUUAAUUCGAGAUUCGUCUGAUGAUAGGCAUUUAUUAACGUUGAGUUUUAAAUCUGCCGGUAAAUUGUUGCAUGCACGAGUUGAGCAUAGUGGUGGUAUGUUUUCGCUUUGUAACCAAGGAGAAAGUGGUAGAUUCUCAUCAAUACCAGCUCUUAUAGAUCAUUCAAUGAAUUUUAGUAAAUAUUCGGUGUUCUGUUAUUCACGACCGAGGCAUCCAGGUCAUCCAGCAUUUCCUGUACGACUCACCAAACCUGUCAGUCGUUUCACGCAAGUCAGAAGCUUACAAUAUUUAUGUCGUUUUGUGAUACGGCAAAAGACUCGACGGGACAAUAUUCAUAAACUCCCUCUACCAGAAACUAUUAAAAAAUAUGUUGAAGAAGAUUAUUAUUAACAAAGUUUUUUAAGUUUAGUAAUUAAUGAUUUAAUAAAAGUUAAUAAAUAACGGUAAAUAUAAAAUAAAAAUGGAAACUUACUUUUUUUUUUGUUAACAGUAAUAUUAAUAAUGAUAAUGUUAAUGAUAAUGAUAAUAAUAGUAAUAACUAUGAUAAUAAUAGUAUACAUAUGUUAGGGUGUCCGUUAUUUCCCAAGUUAGAUUUUUUUACUUGGCCAUGAUAUAAAUCAUUCAUUUGUGAUCCAAAAAUAAUAAAAAAAGAAUUAAAGCCUUUAUUCCAAUGCCAUUUAAUUUUGCCUAGAUAAUGGUAAUUUCCCAUUUUAGUAUGAAAAAAAUUUUAUUACUCGCUUAAGGUAGUUUACUCGCGACAUUCGUAGCCAAAAGUAUAGCGUCAUCGUAACUACAAAAAGUUAGAUAUAAUCAAUACCAGAAUAUUUUAUUUUUGUAAGAGCCCUAGCGGAUUUGAAUCACGGUGGAAACACCGAGGAAGUAUAAAAACCGUGGAUCCACGGUGGUUACCCAGUGGGGUUGUGCCAUUUUAUCACCGCAUAUACACGGUGUAUCUACCGUGAUUACACAGUACAUCCACCGUGGUAUCACCACAUAACCACCGAGAUUAAACGGUACACACACUGAUUUAUAUAUAAUAAUAUAAAUUUUUAUGGUUCAAUUUCAUGUAAAUGUAUAAAAUUACAUUAUUUUGUAUAUAAUCUUACUAUUUAUUUAAUCAGUCAAAAAACUUAGAUAUAAUUUUUUAAUUUUUAUAUAAUUUUAAAAAUUUGUAUACAAUUUUAUAUGAUCAUAUAAAAUUUUUAAUAAUUGGAUUCUAGCAAAUUCUACAUAAUAGCAAUUUCUGAGUGAGUAUCAUGCUGUGCAGGUGUGUGAAUCAUGAAGUUUUGUGAAAUAAUUAAGAUACGCUCAUAUAACGUAACAUAAUUCGAAAAAACUGAUUUUAUAAUGAUUCAUAAAUCUUAUAAAGUCGAUGAAAUUUUUUUAUUUACCGCAUUUAUAAAUGUUAUAAAGUGUAAUAACUUUUUUAAAAUUUCUGGAAACAGGCUAACAAGAUCAUUAGUGGGACAGUUAAGGGAAUUUCAAAGUUUCAAUAAUGAAUUUAGUUAUAAAAAACUGAAAUAUCAACUUACAAUAUUUUUUUUAAGUUUGAAAAAUUUCAUCUUCUUAUUUAUAUAAUUGGUCAAAGCAAGUAUUCAUUGUCCCGUUAUUAGUGGGUAUAUCAAUAUUGGUCUCGUUACCAUGUAAACAAUAAUAUAAUUAAAUAUAACACAAAUAAGAAAACAAUCUCGACGUGAGAUUGUGAAAUCAAAUCAGUCACAGAGAUUGAAAUCGCUUUUAAUUAUUAAUUAUGUCUUCAACAAUAUUUUGUAGGUGAAAAUUUACUAUUUAAUAGAAUAAAUUGAGUUUUAGGCUAAUUGUGGCCGGGCGUACGAACUGGACCUUGA